GUCAAAUCAAUUUUUGCAGAUUGCUUUAGUAAUCCUGUUGGUGUUGCAACUCCCAGUAUCAUCUUUGAUCGUCAGAUGACAGCAUCAUCCAGAAAUAGGCCGUCUACCAGGGCGGCUUAUGGUCGCCUCAAUGAUAAAAGAGGCGACGGUUGGUGUUCACUUGAGGCUAAAAGUAACGCUGAAUGGCUUCAGGUUGACAUCGGAAAAACAAUUCAGGCAUGUGGUCUCGCCACUCAGGGAGGCGUACCAAGCACGAGACGGGAAUGGGUAAAAGAUUUCAAGCUGGAUUACUCUUUUGAUGGAGAAAAUUGGAAGAAUUAUCGGGAUGAAAAUGGAGAAGUAAUGGUAAGAUUUAUAAUAUAAAGACACUGUGAGCAGUAAUCGUAUCAAGAAACGCUUUGAUACACGUACUGUUUUAUCUAAUAGAACAAUUAGACCAACAGUUUUUUCAUGCUUUGUUGAACGUAAAGGCAAUUUCUUCGGUUGCAUAUUGUAUCUGAUAUUAAAACUUUCGAGAUUCCGUUUGCUUUUCGAAGGAGGUCUCUUUUAAGAAUAUUUCUCUUCCUUAACGUAAUGCAGUGUUCCUUCUUUACGCAUUUGUGUCAAAGGUAUUUCGAAGGAAGGUUAACAGUUCCAAAACCAACCAACACAAGUUGCCAUUGCCAGUAUAUGCAAGGUACUUCCGAUUUCUUCCUACACGGCGUCACGAAAGGAACUGCCUCAGGGUUGAGAUUUACGAAUUCAAAAGUGAGUAUAUGAUAAAAAUGUGCUUGGACAAGUACGAUUCACUUUUUCGUAUCAGGAGUGGAUUUUCGGCUAUGGUAAGGUACCCUCACUAGUUUGGAUGACCAGGCGGAGCGAAAUGAAUUCUAGCAACUAGAUUUAAAACUUUCUUACUGGAAACUAAACAAUCCCAAAUACUUCUUAGGGUCUGUAUCAAUCUAUUAUUGUAUCGCUGGUAGUACCCGUGGGGAGUAUAAAACGAACCCAGUGUUCUGAUUGGCUUCCAAAGAGAGCAAGAUGGUCCUUCGUCUCGGUCCAUAAAGACGCAAAAAAAGAAAACGGUCAUAAUCCAACCAUCGUGACCUCACCCUUGGUCAAUAACGUAUAUAGAUAACCUUGUAUGAACUUGACUGAGAGCUGCUUGUAUUUGCUGGAGAGAAGAAAGUGUAAUAAGUACGUGUCUUCAUUUUGUGGCAUUGUCGACGACGUUGGGACAUCAGUUUCUGCUGUUUUUUUAUCGCACAGUUCGAAAUGUCGCAGCCCUUCGAUUUCUGAACAACCACGAUGGGCGUUUCUUUGUCCUACACGCCCAUCUAUAGUUGGUCGAUAACAUUGAGUUUCAGUGACCCUGUUGUCAUCAACUCUGCCGGACGUUUAUCUAAACACUUCUUGAACAAUUCAACGCGGCAUCUCUUCUUGCAAGUUGCGGCCUCUUUGAGGUUACACUAGUAACUGCGGUUUGACUCUCAAUCCGUCGCCUAUUGUCUUCAUUAAACCUCCAGAAAAAGUGACAAAUUCUGCUCUUGUCGGCUUUGUAAGCGCGUUUUUAGUAGCCAGCAGACCGUGUUAAUGAAAAAGUAAGGGGCUUCGUCGCCCAACUGGCCAUUGUCCCACAGUGUUUCCUCCUCUUCUUCUGUUAGACUUUGAACUUGCUUUGCCGCUUGAAAACUUUGUCCUUUAUUAUUAGUUUGCUCCUGGUAAUCAUUGGAGGGCUCUGGUGCACUAUACAUCUAAACUGCCAGGUUUACCUUCCCAGGCCUGUAUUUAACUGUUAAGUGGAACUGUUGCAGGUAAUUAUUCCGCCAUUUACUCUGAUCGGUGGUUUAUUGUUUUGAAUAUGGCCUCUUUAAAACGUGUUUCAGCCAUGCACAUGGACAGACACCUUCACGGCCAGCGGAUAGUCAAUGCUUACGGUUGCAGCCAUCUAUACACCUCCCCUAAAGGAUCUGAUCUGAUUUUCUGGUGUAGGUAGCUGGUCAUCAGCCAUCCCUCUUCUUUUAAGCCAGUAAAGCACUGAGUCGUACAUAGCUUAUGACUUCUGUUUCUGCUCCAAUAUCCCAGCGGGCAAAAGAGGCAAUUGUCCAGCAGUAAAUUCUUGAUCUUUAUAAACUUCUCUCGCUCUCUUUCUGCUCAUCGUCAUUUCACACUUUCUCAGCUUCCUUGGCAAUGGUUGGUCCUUCAGCCUCCCUCAUCGCUGGAACAUGACAGGAUGUGGUGGAACUCUUGAGGCGGACAAAACUUAAUCAAAAAUAAAACUAAAGUUUUGACUAGUCGAAAAAAGAUCAGUAAGACUGAUUGUUAAACCGUUGAACUUAAGAAUAGUUAGUCACAUUGCUUUAUCAGAUUCAAGGAGCUGUCGCUCUAAAUUCCGCAAAAUCAACUGGUUAGAGGCCACAGUGAAUCGUUUGAGAGCAAAUUACGUAUUUUAUUUGAAGCGAACUCUUCAUAUUUAGUAAAACUCUCAUUGGCCAGAUCUACAGCUUGGUGUGAAAAAGGAAUUUGACUAGAUCACCUUUUAUGUAAACAAUUAAACUGCUUAUUUUCGCAGUCCCAGGGUGCCAGGAUAUAGAGUUAGGACUUGGCAAUGGAUACUUUCUGGAUAGAGACAUCAGUUCGUCCUCUGUCCUAAAUACCAAUACACCUGCUAAGAAUGGUCGAUUGAACUACAAUGGUGGAUCAUCAUGGUGUGCAGCAACAAAUGACAGUCAGCCAUAUCUACAGUUUGACUUUGAGAAGCUUUAUAUCAUCUGUGCUGUGUCCACUCAGGGAAAUGCUCAAGGGGAUCAGUGGGUAAAGAAGUACAUACUUCAGUCAUCCAAGGAUGGGACAACAUGGACAGACUAUCGAGAGGCAGGAAUAUUGAAGGUUCGUUCGUUUAGAAUUCUGGGAAAAAAUAUUCAUAAGAAGUAAAACUGUGAAUGAAAAUCAUCCUCGCUUUCUAAAGUUACUCCCACGGGAAAGAUAUCACUAACUCUCGAAAAUAAAAUUCGAAUCCGCUUGCAGCCAUCUUCGUUUUUGCAUUUAUUCAAAAUGAAUGAUAAAUGAUUAGUUAGCCCUACAUAUUUCUUUUAAAGAAAUCCUUCCAUUUUGGAAAGAUUCUUUUCACAUUGUAAAUACAGGUUCACCUUUUUAAUUGUUUUUCAAGCAGAUCACACCCGCUGCUAUUUUACUAUUGCUGAUAAUUCUUACCUUUACAGAUCUUCACCGCAAAUAUUAACCGAAACAACACAAAAAAACAAACUUUGUGCAACGGGAUUGUUGCUAGAUUUUUGCGUAUCAUUGCCCAAGAACACUACGGAAAUUGCUGUAUGAGGGUAGAGACAUUUGGAACACCGCUGACACAAGGUAAGGUUACCUAGCGUGAUAAUAUCAAUGAAAUAGUCAACGAUUAAUUUUGCAAAGCUUCAGAAAGCUCUAUCAAACCCCUGAACUUGGAUAACUGACGUUACAUUUAAGUUAAGAGAUGCGGUAAAUGGCAAUUCCCAUGUGAAUAGAGUUCUCACAACCUUCAGCAUUUCAAAAAUGCGUGAUUGACAAUCUCUUAAACGUAGCCUGACAAUAUAUUAGAGAUUAUACUGUCAAGAGAUUAUAAAUGUUUAAAAUAUCUUGUUUUAAACUCAAUAGGGGAUGCCAUGUUAACGCACUCACUUGACCUCAGAAUUUCGGAAGUCGCAUUUCCUGAGAUAAAAUUCUAAAUUUUCUGGGGAAGGAAACACUCAAAACUUCCUAUCAGUGACCGGCCUGGGUUCUCGUAUGAACCUCCCCCCCUACCUCCCCUCACAUCUACAAAUGCUGUAUCCGUCCUGGAAGAGUACUCUUCACAAAAAGGAAAAAAAAAUUCAACGAUCGCUCAACGAGUGACCAGGUAAUAGCUUGGUGUGACUAUCUUUUCCAGCGCUCGAGAGCACUCAAGUAGAAGGGAGCAACCCUAAACUAUAUUCUUGUUUCAGGAAAAUCAGAAAAAACAUCGAGUUUUCUUUAUUUGUUAAGUGACGUUGCAUGUAUUUUCAGACAAUCUGGCCCAUUGGAAGCCCACAAGUCAGUCAACUAUUUUUAAAGAGCGUUUUGCUAGUAACGCCGUCGAUGGACUCUUUGUAGAUUCAGGUCCUUCCUGUACUCGGACAAGACUCCGAGGCACUACUGAUCCGUGGUGGAGAGUCGACCUUGACCAAGUGCAGCCCGUUUCCCAGGUUUUCAUACUCGGUAGAGAUAAUAUUGAGAGAAGAAUAAACGGUGCUGAGAUAACAGUGGGUGAGUACUAAUGAUUUAAUUGUAACUUAAGGUUGAAUUCACUAGGGAAUUGAGAGUGUUUUCAAAAUUUUUUGACUUUUCCCCUAAUUUCAUGCGUUUGUCAUUGGUAAGCCUUAGUUUGAUAGCAUGCGGAUAUUUGAGUUUCAAACGCACCAUCAAACCUUACGUGUUUUGCCACUUCCAACCAUGUCGCACACCUCCUAAGCGAUAGAGGGCUUCAAAAUGUCCCGUUCCUGUGUUGUUAUGGGCAGAUUUCGAUCUAUUUUGCUUGCUUCUGUUAUGAGAUUUCGUCUGCGUAGCCGUACGUUUGUACAUCUCUUAUGUAAAUGCUGUUCACAUGGCACUAAAUAAAACAAGUUAGACCUCGAGCUUCAGAGUCAUGUAAUGCAUGAAAAUCUUCGUGUUGUAAUUUAAGUGAUCACCAAUAAUUAGACUACUUGAAAAUCUUCUUUAAUGUUUUGUUCACAGUUCGUGGAAAAAAUACCCAUUUGCCAUAUAGUCCACGUGGUACAGUAUAAGCGUACAGAGUCCUAUUUGUCUUACCAUUAAUGAACAGUCGCGGUUUUAAGUCUCACUCAUCAUUUUAUCUUUAAUGCUUUAAGGAAAUGAAACCUCAAAAGGAGGAGCAACUAAUAGCAUUUGCGUCCGUGAUGUUCUCGUCCCUGAAGGAAAGGGAAAGUUUUUUCGAUGUAAUAUGACGCUGUAUGGCAGGCACUUAUUCAUCCGGAUACCUGGAUCAUCAAAAAUAUUGUCCCUAUGUGAAGUUGAAGUUUUCUCCUCAAUUAAAUCAAGUAAGACUUGUUAUAUAAUGCCUCGCAAAAUUGCUCUUAUGUUGGAAAAUUACCCCCCACUUAGUCCAAGUUUCGAGUGAGACUGCCAUAACUAGCAACCAUAAGGAUGUAUGAGAAUCGUGUCGGCAAUCCUGACCAUCAGAUUUACCGUGAAACUAUAAAAGAGUCAAAAAGUAAAAAUACUCAAUUCCGUCUUUUGUUUCCAUGUUUUUUUUAUUCUUCCUGAGUUGAUUUAUGGUGGUUUUAGUAAGAGCUCUUUUGAAUUUAUGCAGUUUUUACUACCUAGUAUUUCGUGUUUCUGCGAAGAAAUUUGGUAAAGUUUGUUAAUUUCGCAACUGCGUUCAUUCCUGGACAUCGUUUAAUACAGUAGGCUGCCGGACACAUUUAUUUGGGGCCAUAUUACCUUCCCUGCCUGUUUUAGUGUGGCUUGCAAGAUCUAAUGAAAAAGGAUAAAAGGUGGGAAGGAGGAGAGAGGCAAAGAAAAGAAAAAAUAUUUACUCAGGUUUACUCAAGUUGUGUCUCAGAGGAUGACUCAAUUAUACAACUGUGAAAUCCCCCAUUUCAGCAACUACUUAGAUUUUAGUAGCAGCGCUACAUUAUACCUGAAUCUCAGUUUACAAGUAAUACAGAACAUUUAUGCUUCUUUAAUAAGUUGCUUUUCUUUCUUCUAGAUCUUGCCUUGAAUCAGUCUCCUAAGCAGUCUUCCACAUGGACUAACACUGUGUUGGAUGGAGAUAUUCGUUCCUGUGCUAAAGGCACAUUUCAGAAGGACCACUGGAUGAGAGUAGACCUGGGAGUACCGUGGGUAGUAGCUAAGGUCGUUAUUAGUCACAAGCGUAUGUGGAUUGAUGGCCUUGAAGUCUGGAUCGGUGAGUUCAGGACAACGCAAAAGAUAGCGGAGAUCAAAUAUGCAGUUAAAACUGACUUGUCCUAUGUCCAUUUCCGACAGGUCAUGACAGUGGCAAUAGAGGCAAUUCAAACUUGCGUUGUGGAGGACAGGAUACUUCCGAAACAGCUUUUUCGGUUAAAACAGCUUUCUCGUUAAAACAACGGACCAUUUUUUGUCUUCCUAGGCUUGUGGGAAAAUUUGUUUUUAUUGGAGUUUCCAACGCUGACAAAACUCUCUACUUAUGCGAGGUGCAGGUUUACUCUCAAAGCUCGACAAGAAUGGGUAAGGAGCUGUCAUGUCAAAAAUUUCAUGAAUGAUAUAGCCAAGGGGUUAUACUUCUCUUUUAUUUUUUCCUGAAAAAUGUAGGAUUUCCCUGACUAACUGAAUUAACAGUCUUACAAAUAAGUCCUGAUUAUGGCAUCCACCCUCCCCUUACAGUCUCAUCCUCUGCCCCUAAACUAAUGCUUUCAGCAUGUAGCAAGUUAAAUUGUUCAUUCCUUAGAGUAACAUACAAAUAGGAGUAAUUUUCAUAUAAAAAAAAAUUAACAACAGAUUUUCGCUCAAUUUUAUUAAACACUAUUCUACCAAUCCAGCACUUUCAUUCCAUUGAAGGUACUAAAAAAUUUGAAAUGUUAGCUAAAAUUGAAAAAAGAAGAAAAGGUAAGCGUACAAUCUCACUUAAAAACCAAGAUAAACUCCAAUUGCAAGUGGAAAAGAUAUGCUUGCCAUUAAACUGUCAACUGUUAUAAACAAUGUACAUAAGUAACAUCGACAUCACAAGAAACGUUAAGUGGUAGUAUCAUCCAUGAUCAUGAAGAGGGCCAAGACAAGAUGAAUGCGUUCACAUUUGAGCCACAUCGAAAUCUCUCUGGGGAAAGUAUUUCAGUUUAAGUCGUACUACAUUCUUCUGUUUCUUUUCUCCAUCCCUGGUACAUAUGUGGAACCUUUCCACAACGGCCACCUCAGGAAGAUAAGUAAUUGUUCUUUGGAGGAAAAGGGUUUUCCAAAGUAAGAGGCCGUCGAUAGGGACUCAACUUAACGAUGUUUCCCAAUUCUUUUUUCUGAAGCUUGUCAGACACAGGCAGUUGAGGUGGCCAACAAGAACAUCUUCCCAGAAAAAAGUUUCUCAGCCUCAUCAUUCCGUGAAGGUGAUGAACCUUACAACGCGCGCCUACGGAGUGGCAUGGGUGCUUGGUCCCCCAGGGAUAAUAGCAAUGCUGAUGAUUAUCUGGAAAUUAAUCUUGGAAACGUGUUCUUCAUUUGCGCUGUGGCUACCCAAGGAAGUCCACAUCGCAAAGAAUGGACCAAAAGUUACAAGCUCUAUUUGUUCCUUGAGGAUUGGAUGAUCUAUAAAGAGAAUGACACGGAAAAGGUCUGACUAUAGAAAGUAGAAACUAUAGAAGUACGCUUUAGUCUCUAUGUGACAUGGUUGUAUGAGAUAACGGUUCGAUUAGCAAUCCGAAUGUCGAUCAGUUUAGUCAAAGGUAAAAAUUUAUCCGUUGGUGAAAACUGUAUUGAUCAUCUUGCACUUAACUGAUAGGUAAACGCAACUGUGUUUAAACCAUGUACUUUAAGGCGUAUUCUCUUGAAUUUACAGAAAUACUUUGAUACAUGGAUAAAAUCCACUUAUAUGCCGACCAUUUUUAUUACAGAUUUUCAUUGGCAACUCACACAGGAAUGAAAUAGUGCAACAUGUUCUGGUAGAGGUGGCAAGAGCUCGGAUCAUUCGGUUCCGGCCAGUUGACUAUCAUAUUCACAAAGCUCUUAGAGUAGAAGUGUAUGGAAUAAGAAUACCUGCAGGUACGUCAGUUUUGCAUAUGUGACCAUCGUUGGCUGUAACAUUUUAAUUCAAAGGAUUAUGAUGAAGAUUUUUUUAGGACUGCACCGAUCGAGUUUUUUUAAACAGUAUCCUACUUUUUCAGUUGUGAAAGCACCUGAGCAAUGAACACGUACGACUAAUCGUUGUCUGCUGGAUAUCUGAGCGGUUCGAAAUGUGGUCGGAAGGUCAAAUCUUCAGAUUUCUUUCCCGAAGGCGUUUCACUGCAGGCCGAUCGUACCAGAAGUUGACAAAUGUAACGUGUAUUCAGUGGAACGAUCUUAGACAGCCCAAAAAGUCACUCAUGAAUUUAUCUAUGAUGAAUUUUUGAGCAAAUCGAUCGGGUUCGGUUAACUGAUCUGAGUGUGAAUCUUAGACACCGUUUACUUAGGUAACUAAUACAAUGAUAAAAAAAUGGUGAUCUUCAAUAAAAAGACGAAAAUUUGCUCGUCAAACCCGGGAUAGGUUUUAAAAACAAUUGUCGUGUCAUUUGUCAUUAAGGCGUGCAUUAAACGUGAAAACUACGCAAGCGGGCCGGUAUUUUUGCCAUUUCGAUCAAACAAAAGGACGUCGAAGCGUGAAAAAAUAUAGUUCAACCAAACGGAGAAGUCUAACACAUGGCCUAAAGUACAUUUAUUUCAAUAUUUGUUUUAUAUUUGCUUUUACUCAACUUAGUCACAUUAGCCUGUUCACUUCUGAUGUGUGCUUUCUGUCGCGUUUAUCCUCCCACAGGACCACCUGCACCUCCUAUCAUUGAAAACCAGGAGCAGGAAAUGUCGUAUCCUAAUUUGUCCAUAUCAUGGAGUUCUGGUGAUACUAGCAGCUGUCCAGUUACUAUGUACACAGUGUACUACAAGUCCAUCCAACGGCGAGAGGAGGAAAAUACUUGGAAUCGUAUCAGUGCCUCUUCGAGUACGAGAGAGCUAAGUGCCCUACCACUUGAUUGUGACACAGAAUAUGAAUUAAGAGUGUCUGCAUGGAAUGAACUGGGUGAAAGUAACCCUUCAGAGUCCUGGAAAGUGAAAUCCAUUACAGGUAUUCAUAUCAAUUGUUUUUCUCAUUCUAUUUUUGCCGAAAUGAUCUCAAAACGAUUGUUACCAGUUGCAAAAUUCACUGGGCUCAACCAGAACAUAUCCAAUGUAAAAAAGGCUAGCUUGUGAGGCCUGGAAGGAGACAGAGCCGUGGAAAACUCACCACCAUUCGAUUUUCAACUGAAAACUAGACGACUGGUAGUACAAUCCGUCGGUCAGAUGAACGAUAAUACACAAGAAGGUGGUAAAGACGAUUCUGUCUCAUGCCUUUCUAUUUUCACCCUUAACCUUUCCAAAUUUGGUCGUUGUCUUUCUUGUCCAACCCUUUGUUACACUUACAAUUCGAGAUUAACAAACUCCUUUUAUUGCUUUUUUUGGGUUCUGUUUGUUAGUCUGUAUAUUUUUUAGUUUACUUGUUUGUUUGCUUUUUUUCCUUCUUCUUUUCUUAGGGUACCCAGUCAUUGUCAACAGGACCAACCAAGUGGAAGGGAGUCUGGUGGCGAUCCGUUGGAAGCCAUGUACUGCUUCUUUAUUCACUAUAUGCCACAGAGAAAUACUUCCAGAGGGUAAAAGCCACUGGAACACAGUGAACGUGUCGGGAAAUGAAACAAGUUAUGAUCUUCAUCUCAGAUGCAGAAGGGAUUAUGAAAUAGCUAUAACAGCCUGGAAUUCUACGGCAGAGACGCCACUGACUGGAUCACUAAACCACAGAAGGUUGUGGAGCGUUAGGACAUUAGGAGGUAACUGCAGUCAUGCUCCAUUUAAAACUCCUACAAAGGACUUAAAUUUGAUUCUUCAAGCAUUAAGGAUCUCACCACCCUUCGAUGGUGGUGAGGUAUUUUCAUCCUCCAACAGAUGUGUGUGUUUUCAUUCCUAGUUACUUCAAUGAGAACAAGUACCGUAGAUAUACGCUUUUUGGGUGUUUACAGUUCAUAGUAUAAGAUUCUUACUGAGCCAGAAACAUAUGGUUUGGUCAAGGGAAGUAGCUGAAAUCUCGUUGUCGUAUUAAUAUUAUUUCGUCGGCCGUCUGAGAAAAUUUGAAAUGUAUCUAUUAAUUACGUAUUUUGUUGUAGUUUAGACCGCAAGGAAAUGUUUGACCACUUUCCUUAGACGAGAGUGAGGUCAUGUUUUUACGAAUGCUUAUAGCAGGCUUUUGCUAAAGUGUUAUCGCUUCUUUUUUGCCUCAGGUAAACCGUCAUCCCCGAUUAUAGACGGCAGAGGUGUUCAGUUGUCCGGUUGUGAUGUGAGCAUCAAAUGGAGUUCCCCACCAGAUAACGGCUGUCCGCUGACCUCGUACACAGUAUACUACAGAGAGGUGCAAUCUACAAGCGAAGAUGGCUACUGGCAUCAAAUCAAUGUUACCGUAAAUGUUACCUCAGUGGAUCUCCCCUCGCUCAAGUGUAACACGGAAUACGCUUUUAAGGUGUCUGCUUGGAAUGACUUGGGCGAAAGUGAGGCCGCCGAGAGGUUGGAAAAAACCGUGCAGAUGACUAAUUUUAUUAGACGCAUCCUGACCAUUGCUGUACCUGUAGGAUGUGGGUUCCUCAUUCUCAUUACUGCGGGAAUCCUUUGCUUCAGACAGAGACGAAAAAAGAGAAAAUUGCAAGAUCUGAGGAAUCGCAGGUUGGGAGUAGGUUUAUUUCUAGAAAUUUUUGAGGUAACGCAGUCCUGGCGUGAAAGCUAGGGUUGAGCAAAUACAAGCACUCUUAAAGAGUAACUAGUGCUAUACACUAAUUCCUUUUCCCCAUAUAGUUCCAUUCAAAGUAUUCGUCAAGGCUAGAAUCGAAGUCUUGAGCACAUGGUAACAUUCAUUUGACGUGCCGUUCCCAUGCGUAAAGGUCUUGAGCUGCUUCCUUAAUGCUUAAUGUAUACGAGUAUGUUGAUAUUUUAAUAAACAAAAAGAAAAAAUCCCUACAACAAUUCUGUAGAUCGAAGUCAGACAUUGUUCCCCUGCUGUUAAAAGAGAUUUCCCCGGAACGUGUCACAAUUAUGGAAGAGCUAGGCAGGGGAGCAUUUGGAAAAGUACACAAAGGAAUCCUGAAAGAAAUGCCGAAGGUUGAGGUGUUUUUUAAGCCAAAAGAGGAAAGAGUGGAUUUUAAUGAAGGAAGAGUUGUCGCUGUAAAACUCUUGCAUAGUAAGUAUAAAUAAAUGUAUAUUUGCUUUUUGUUACAUUACGAAUGUAACAUCAACACUAACUGUGCAGCUCAAAAUUAACUUUUUUAAAUCGAAGUUCAUGGCUAUCCUUACCGACCGCUUUUUUCUUUUUUUUUUGCAUGAAACUUACAACUGUGGAGCCCCUGAUCGACACACACACACACUCAAACGAUUUGCCUAAGAAACAAAGACUCAGAGUAAAAAUGUGAUGUUCGUUUUACGAAAAUAGAAUUUGGCUCAUAAUUUACAAAGACUAUUAAGAUCAAUUUCAAUUUUGGAAGGAUCAGUGAAUUACUGGUUUGAUUUGUGACAAUGACUGCCCAAUUGACAAUUUCAUUCUUAUCUGUGUUAGAUACUUUACGAUAAUUAGGUAACGAUAAACUUCAGAGAUGUAGUGAGCCGAACUCUUUUUUUUUUUACUUGCUGUUUUACCACUUCCCUUUCAGAAAGAGGCGAUGUAGAUGAGAAAGAACAGUUUCUCAGAGAAAUUUCGUUUGUGCAGCGUAUAGGUAGUCACAGGAAUUUGGUAAGCAUGAUUGGCUACUGGCACAGAUCAGAACCCAUAAUGCUGAUCAUGGAAUAUGUUCCACAUGGAGAUCUUCUUCAGUGGCUGAGAAACAAAAGGCAGCAGGUAAAACUGUUUUGCAGAUUUAAAACUUUGGUAAAAAAUAUUGAUCAAAUGGAGGGUUAAUUAGCUACCAAACAAAUUGGAGUGCGUAACAAAAGGUUAUAAGUCUUUUAACUUUGGGAUAAAAAAUGGCGAUCCAUAAACAUGGAGUCCUUAGGAGGUACCCAUUUCAAAGAAUACAUUUCUUUUUUUCUCUCAUGAAAGAGCUUUAGCAAAUGCUAAAUUGAAAUUUCUCACUCGUAAUCGCUGAUGAUGCCGGUCAGAAAUAAAUAAUUGAAUUGUUCAGGUUUGGGUUAUUUUUCUAGAUAUGCUCUCAAACUAAAAGAUCCAUGGAGUUGUUUACAUGAGACAUUCUAAUAAUUUUAGGUCAAAUGUAGAAACGGCAUCGAUGGUGUUAUUUUUGAAUCCAUGGACGAUUAUAAAGACAGCAGUGCAAGUUCAAAAGAAGCUGUCUCAGCUGAUCAGUCAGAGGACGUCGUAGACUUUCACGAUGAUGUCAGUAAUGGAACGGAACUCACGAGUGUGGCGGAAUUUACCGAAGCUACCAGCAAUCCAGAUUUCAUUUCAGUUAUUAUUAAAGAACAACCGCCCACAGAAGAGGAAAGUACUGACACAGAGACAAUACAAAUGAAAAUUUCUCAAGCUCAUUUUCCAUCUGGCCACGAAGAAGGGAAUCUCGCUACUCCAUUUAAAAGUGCACGCCCCCUGCCACAGCUACCAGAGAACACAGAGGAACAACAGGAUACGAAUGGUGAUGGCGAGCAGGCAGUUGACUUCACCGUAAAAGAUGCACUUUGUUUUGCAUGGCAGAUAGCAAAUGGAAUGGUAAGUGCUUAAAUUUAAAAGUAUCUGUGAUUAUUGAACUAAAUAUUACACGCAUACAUUUUCUCCAGUCUAGGAAAUAAACUUUCUUCUUAACAUCCUAGCGCCGAGCUCAUGUUACAUGAAAAAAAAGUAACAAAAAAAGUCAUUCCAUGAAAAUAAGGUGGACAGAAAGUCAGUUAAACGUGCUCAUUGUAACACAUAGACAAUAAAAUUUUAAACCUUGGAAAAAUACUUAAGCAGAUCUUUAACUACAUGCUGCAUAAAAGCGUCAAAUGAUUAAUGAUACACGCCAACAGUCUACUUUUAUCAUCAUCUACUUUACUGAUAGAUCUGUUAUCUGACAGCUAGAGAUGAAUUGCCAUCGGUUUAUUAGUGCUCUCCUUUUCACCAACGAGCGAAUCGCAAGGAAAGAAAGAAAUGGACGCGCAGGCUUAGUAAUGGCCUUGCAUGAUUUUGAAUUGCUUUGUGUUUCUAUAUAAACAGGAGUACUUGGCCAGCAACGGAUUUGUUCAUCGUGAUCUGGCCGCUCGUAACAUCCUUCUUGGUGAGGACAGAGCUGUGAAAAUUGCUGACUUUGGCCUGUUGCGUCACACAUACGGGGACAUAUAUGAGGUAAAGAACACGAAGAAACUGCCAAUCAAAUGGAUGGCACCUGAGUCAUUCGGCGACGGCAUAUUUACUUCCAAAAGUGACGUGUGAGUACUAAACGUUCUUAAACUACUCAAAACAAGAUUUAAUUUAUUAUCUUUUUUUCCGCUCAAUUAUGUUUUCAAUGCUUGUCAGUGAAACGAGAAUAUUAACUGACACCCUUUGAUACCACGGUACUUUAAGACCAGACUACCUCUCUCAUUAAACUAAACUAUUGUCUGAUGGUAGCUGUUUUCAAUUGAUUUCCGAGGCACCAUUAUUGCGAAAUUACUUCAAAUAAUCAUUUUCGUCUUCUUUCCUUCGGUAGAUGGUCUUUCGGUAUACUUAUUUGGGAAUUGUGCACAUUGGGUGAGUAAUAACGUCUGAUUCAUAACUACAGAAGUAUAGAUCGUUUCUUCUCGAAAUGGCAUUUUAUAGUAAGCAUUCUGAAUUUGAAGGCAAGUUCUGUCCAAUGGAUUAUGCUUGUCUUGACUGGCUCAGAACCUUGUCCCAGUCCGUCCCAAAAAGGGCACCUGAUUUAUUCCCAAAUUUCAUCUCCAAAGAAUACCUUUAACUGUACCAAAUCAGGGACGGAGGACUGAUCGGACAUGCUCUCGGACUCCGAUAGACGCCCUCAACUACAAUGCUUGUAUUUCGUUUGUAUAUAAAUUCGUUUCAGCAGCCAAACAUCUUUUUUCCAUCUGUGGAGUAUCUUACGUAAAAGCCAGGGCGAUUUUAGAGGUUUAAUCACUAGUGACUUAACACGUUAGACUUAAGGUCAUGAAGUUGCGAGGCUUUUUUAAUGAAGGAAAAAGGGAGCUCAAAGGAAGGAACACUUUAGAUCAACUGAUUUUUUAAGUGCAAAUUACUUGUUAUUUUGUAGCCUCCAGAAACUUAAUGUUACUAGUUUCAGGGGUUCUUGUUUUAGCUUAGUUUUUGAAAAUUAUCCUAGUUAAAGACUAUUUUUUGCCGUCUUCAAAAUGAAUCUAUCCAAGGUGGCAUCCCCUACCCUGGAAUACGCAACAGAGAGUUGUACAACCUUCUUAAGUCAGGAUAUCGAAUGGACAAACCAGGGAUAUGUUCUGAUGAGCUGUACGUUCAACAAUAUUUUUCACCUAUUUCAUAUAUGUCCCCGUAUGUGAUGUGUGAUACUCCCCCCUCACCAAGAAACUCUUAGUUAAGUUCGCCUAUCUCAACUGCGUGACUUAAUCCUUCUAGAAGUCAUCUGUAAGGUUUUGUUUUAACUUGCGGUCCAGCACUAAUAAAUUUAAUGAUCAAGAAAAUGCAACUCAGCCAUUAUGCUUUUUUCUAAGAAAACAGACAAUUGUGGGAAGGAAUUAAAAGGCCAUAAUAACGUGCCCAGAACCUCGACGCCGCUGAGUAAAAGUAAUCUUAAGGGGAGAAUUUAUCAUUUCUUGAGAGGAGUAUGUCGUUCACACGUACCGUUUCUCAGUGAACUGAUUUGUCUUGUCGAGACAAGUGUUUGGUACAACUAUUAAAACGCUUUUACUGUGCAAAUUGUUUUAAAGCCCACAUGACUUCCUACUUGUACUUUAGUCGGGAUUGUUUGGGAAAACAGUAACUGAAUUCUAUAAUUAUCACUUAAUAGCUGUAAUUCCUCCGUUUAUAUCCGAAUACAUUAUAUAACCACAGAUACGAGUUGAUGUUAGACUGUUGGAAGGCAGACCCGGAGGAGAGACCAUCAUUUGAACAGCUGCUAACAAGAAUGGAAGAAAUGAUGACGAGGGACGCUCCUUACUUCGAUUUUAAUAAA